AUGGUAUGUAUCAAGUGUGAAAAAAAGCUAGCUGCCUUGGCUACUCCUGACAAAUGGAAAGAUGGGUCCCUCAAUGUUAUAGUUGGCUCUAGUGGCCGGAAACUGAAUGAAAACAAGCUCUUGUCAUCAAAGGCUAAAGUAGCCAAAAGCAUGCCAUACCAAAAAAGAUGUAAAAUAUGCAAAGAGACGGUUAAUCAAGCAUCGGCCCAUUACUGUCAAGGUUGUGCCUACAAGAAUGGUAUAUGUGCCAUGUGCGGAGUACAAAUUCUGGACACUAGAGGCUACAAACAGUCGAGCAAAUGA